GCAUGUGGACGCUGAGCUCCAAGGUGAAGCAGACUUCAGCACUACGCCUGGCCGCCGGCAGAGGACACGCGGGCUGUGUGGAGGAGCUGCUGUUUCGCGGGGCCGAGGUGAACGACGACCCCGGAGGAAACACGGCCCUUCACGACGCCUGCGUGGGCGGCCACGCAGUCUGCGUCCAGCUGCUGCUUUCUCAUGGAGCAGAUCCCGAAGUGCUGGCCGCAGACGGCAGCGCUCCUCUUCACCUCUGCACCUCCGUCCAGUCACUCCAGUGUGCCGAGUUGCUGAUAGGCGGAGGUGCUGACGUCAGCGUGAGGAUGAGGGAGACGAGGCUCACACCUCUGCUCGUGGCUGCCCGGCGAGGCCUGGAGGAGCACGUGGAGCUCUUCCUCCGCUACGGAGCAGACGUGUUGGCCACUAAUCAGGAGGGAGAGACCCCUCUGAACGCUGCAUGCUCCGCCGCAGAGAGGCCCUCCGAGGCCGGCCGCUACUUAGGAGUGGUUCAAAAGCUGCUCGGUGCAGGAGCUGACCCUAGAACCGCGGGCAGGAAGCGGCACACCCCUCUGCACAACGCAUGCGCCAACUGCAGCCCCCGGAUCGUGGACGUCCUGCUGCAGCACGGCGCUAGGGCAGAUGCUGCCAACUGUGCAGGACACACACCGAUGGACUGUCUGAUACAGGUGGUUGAAGAUUACCCUGGCCAGCAACCGGAAGCAAUAGCGCGGUCACUUCUGAACCAUGGAGCUAAGACUGUUUCACCAAAG